AUCCGAGACUUCUCCGAGUAAGUUGCUUCAGAAGGGCAUUGAGGUCUUUUCAACGUCAGGGACAAGACUGUGGGUAUGUUUAUAACUUCUCAAGGCCUCUCCCCAACAAACAGAGGCACAGUGAAUUCAUCCGACCCUCAGAUGACUCAUCUCAUACCCCGCGGUGAUUUACUCUUAUACUGACUACCGCCAAGUUCGUGCAGGUGCACUAAAGGUAAGAUGCCAUGCGUCGCAAAGUCUCUUGUCAACUUUGAGGAGACAACUAACACGUCGUUGUGUCCAGAUAACUCGAGCUGGUCAAUAUGGGACAUCUCAUCACUGUUGCGACUUGUUCGCUGAACCAGUGGGCAUUGGACUGGGAAGGAAAUGCUGCUCGAAUUGUUGAGAGUAUUCAAAAGGCAAAGGCAGCUGGAGCUCGCCUGCGUGUCGGUCCCGAACUGGAGAUAUGCGGCUACGGAUGUCUCGACCACCUCCUCGAGCAGGACCUCUACCUGCACUGUUUCGAGAUGCUCCGUCGCAUCCUGCUCGACGAGACCUGCCACGGCAUUCUCCUCGACAUCGGCAUGCCCGUGCAGCACCGCAACCAACGCUUCAACUGCCGGGUCCUCUGCCUUGACGGCAAGAUCCUCAUGAUUAGGCCCAAGAUGUGGCUCGCUAACGAUGGUAACUACCGCGAGAUGCGCCACUUCACGCCCUGGAUGCAUCCCAGACAGACGGAGGAGUACCAUCUGCCCCGGAUCCUCCAGGAUAUCCAGGGGUCUACCCACGUCAUCUUUGGCGACGCCGUGGUUUCCACUCCCGAUACGUGCUUUGGAGCAGAGACCUGUGAAGAGCUCUUCACGCCCAACGCCCCGCACAUCGCAAUGAGCCUCGACGGCGUGGAGAUCAUCACCAACUCCAGCGGCUCACACUUCACCCUGCAGAAGCUCGACACCCGUCUCCAGCUAAUCAUGGAAGCUACGCGCAAGUGCGGCGGCGUGUACCUCUACGCCAACCAACAAGGUUGUGACGGCGACAGGCUGUACUACGACGGCUCCGCCAUGAUCUUGGUGAACGGAGACGUCGUGGCCCAGGGUUCGCAAUUCAGCCUGAACGAUGUCGAGGUCGUCACGGCCACUGUCGAUCUUGAAGAAGUUCGUGCUUACCGCUCGGCCAUCUCUCGCGGUCUCCAGGCUGCGCGAUCUGAUGCCAAGUAUCAGCGGAUCCAGACUGCUUUCGAGCUCAGCUCCGAGGACGAAGACGCGGAUAUCAUGAUCAUCCCUUCGCCCCCUAUCAAGCCCAAGUACUACUCGGUUGAGGAAGAGAUUGCUCUGUGCGCUGGCUGCUACCUCUGGGAUUACCUCCGCAGAUCCGGAACUGCAGGUUACUUGGUACCCCUGAGUGGAGGAAUCGACUCUUGCGCCACAGCGACAAUCGUCUUCUCCAUGUGUCGCAUCGUAAUGAAGGCCAUCGAGGAGGGCAACGCCCAGGUAAUCGAGGACGUCAAGCGCCUGGCAAAGUACGACGGCGAAGGCGUGCUCCCCAAGACGCCCCAGGCCCUCUGCAACCAAAUCUUCUCAACCAUCUACAUGGGCAUGAAGACGCAGAGCUCCGUCGAGACGCGUCAGCGCGCCAAGGACCUCGCCGAGGCCAUUGGCAGCUACCACAUUAACCUCGACAUUGACGACGUCUACAACGCCCAAAAGAGCCUCGCCGUCACGGCACUCAACUUUCAGCCGAGGUUCAAAGUCGAGGGCGGGACGAACCAGGAGAACCUGACGCUGCAAUGCAUCCAGGCGAGAAUCCGCAUGGUGACCGCGUACGAGUUUGGACAGCUUCUUCCCACGGCCCGCGGACGACCUGGUGGUGGAGGUCUGCUUGUUUUGGGUAGUGCAAAUGUCGGAGAGUCCCUCAGAGGCUACUUUACCAAAUAUGAUUGUUCCAGUGCGGAUAUCAACCCGAUUGGCUCCAUCGACAAAGCCGACCUCAAACGCUUCAUCGCGUGGGCCGAAAAGGACUUCAACAUCCCAUGUCUCCACGACUUCCUAACGGCGGUCCCGACCGCAGAGCUUGAACCAAUCUCAGAGACCUAUGUACAGAGCGACGAGGUGGACAUGGGCAUGACCUAUCAAGAGCUGACCAUCAUGGGCCGCCUCCGCAAGGUGAACAAGCUUGGCCCGUAUGGCAUGUUCCAACGCCUUGUCCACGACUGGAGCGUCGACCGCAAGCGUGGUCCCGAUGAUGAUGCUCCUGCGUACGAGCCUAGCCAGACGGCCGACAAGGUCAAGAAGUUUUUCCACUUUUAUGCCAUCAACCGACACAAGAUGACGACGCUUACACCGGCUCUUCACUGCAAUGACUACUCACCCGACGACAAUAGAUUCGACCUCCGACCCUUCUUGUAUCCCCCCUUCUGGAAGAGCUGGAGUUUCAAAAAGAUUGAUGCGGAGCUUGCAAAGAUUGAGAAGCGGAGGGAAAAGACCAAGGCAUAAGUGUAUUCGUAGUCUGUAGUCCGUAGUCCGCAAUCCCCCCUGCCUUAAGGUAGAGAAUGAUGGAGGCAUACAGUCCGCAUGGUUCCGCAUGGAGAACGAGGGGCCCUGUAAUUCUUAUGGGUCCUCGCACUCGACCCACAGCGUAGGGCUAGCGUUCCGGCGAUCGAAGGUGGAAACAGAUUCCUUAAGAGAGAGAAGAAUUGCGCUAGAAACAAGAUGCUGGGUCCAUACCACCCAUGGACUCCAUGGAUUCCGCGGUAUCGUCGGACCCCGAAUCUAACAAAAAUGCCCGAACACUGUAUCACAGAG